AUAUAUAUAUAUAUAUACUUUAAAAAUUUGCUGUAGACAAAUUGUAAACAGUGACAAAUUAAAAAAAAAAAACACUUGAGAGGAGAGGCAACACGUAGACCAUGAGACAACUCGUUAGGGUGGCGUAGGCAAUUACGAAUCCACGACACCACGCGUUCAAACUGUUGAAUCUAAUUCUCGACCUCGCAUUUUUCAACAUGCGCAUUGUGAGAGUGUGCUGAAUAAGAGAUAGUUAAGAACAGGACAAGAGCAAGUGUACUAAGGGAUUUCCUCAAUUAAAAGUGAUGGGUAAGCAAAAGCGGCAGCGGCAGAAGCCUCACAAGAAAAAUCCCACAGGAUUACCAUCCGUUCAGGAAUUUGAGUUAAACGAAGAACUUACAAAGGGAAAUAGGGAAAAGAUUUUGCAGAAUGUUUAUGAUGAUAUACAGUCAUGUAAUCUCGAGGAAAAAUUGUCUGCCUUACAAAUAUUGGCAUCAAUGUCUUGCGACUUUUCUAUGGCCAAACAAAUUGCUAAGGAUGGGAUAGCAAAAAUAGUUGGUCCACUGUUGAUGGAUCAGAAUGCCGUUAUACGAGCAAACGUGGCAUAUACUUUGCGGGAGAUUGCUGAAAAUGGUAAGGAAGAAGUAUGCAAUGAUUUAAUCAAAGAUGAUAUUAUAACUCCUCUCACCGCAUUACUGAGACAGUAUUAUUCGGAUUGGAAGCCGAAAGAAGUUGGAGAUGAAAAGGUGACAUUUAUUCAAGCGGUUAGCUUAUUAUGGAUAUUAUGUGCAAAUAAUGAGAAUGCGAUCAAGCGAGCAAAUGAGGAAGACUUGGCAUCAUUCUUGAUAAAAUUUUUAGAUAUUAAUAUUUAUGGAAUAGAAAUUACUACGAUCGUCACACGAUCGAUGAUAUGCUUGUCGGAUGAGAAUGACGCUGCCAUUGAUAAAAUUAAACAAAGCGAAUCAGUUUUGUCUAAUCUGCUGGAUUUAAAAGCAGACGAUGAUAAGACUGCUUCUAAAAUAUUGUUCUUAAAAACUUGUAUAGCUGAUUUAUUAAUCAUUAUCAGUAAUUAUACAGACUAUAAUCGAAUACAUAUAUUUCAUAAAGUGUUAUUGGUACUAUCUGACGUACUUGCGAUCGAUCAUAAACAAAUACUGUCUCACUUAAUAUCUAUCUUACCGCAUGAAUCUAAUGCUUCUUCAAACGAUAAGAGAAUAAAAGUACAAGAAAAGAGAAAGAUAUUGGAAGUGCAGGAACAAGCUUUACAGAUUUUAGCAAACUUGUGUUUUGAAUACGAGAACAAUGCAAUUGAUUCUGACACCGAGGAUUUUGAAACAAUGGAGCUUGAGCCAGAAAAUUUCAAUGAUGAUCCCACGAAUGAAAAUUUGAAAAUGUCGACGCUUCCAGUGGAGUUGGUUGAAAUUCUAAACAAUUGUAAUUUAAUUGAUAAAAUUUGGCAUAAGACUAAAUUCAUAGUGGAUAAAAACAACCAGGAAAUCCUGGAUCAAACCGAGGAAGGAAAAGCUACGUUGAAGCAAUUUUGCGACAUUCAGUGUGCAGCUUUUUUAUGUUUAAACAAUUUAUUGCCCAGUAUAGAGAUUGACGUUUUUGGAGGUGUUGAUAAUUUAUUUAGGAAAUUUAUGGAGAUUGCAACAGAGUUUAAAUAUGUUACCAAGGAUAGUGAGAGAUUGGAAACGAGUAUUGCGGAAGCGGGUUCUGCUGCCAUGAGAGCUAUUCUUCAACGUUUAGUCGAAGUACGGGCGACUGUCAUUGAAUUAAAUCAAUUCACUUGUGACGACAUCCAGGCGAUGUUAAUCGAAGUGAAUCGAUGUGUCAAUUCGAAUGUUCGUGUUAACAUGAUAAGAAUGCUCUGUAAUUUAGUACUGAUCAUAUUGAAUAACAAAGAUUCGAAAAAUUAUGAAAUUAUAAAGCUCGUUUCCACAUUCUUAUUAGACCUUUCUAAAACUGAAAAUCUUGUCUGGGUAAUAGCGGAAUCUCUAGACGCAAUAAUGGAUAUUUAUGCGGAAGAUGAAACUGAUCAUUUAGCGGCAGAUAUCAAAUUAGUCCCGAGAUUGCUGUCUGUAAUGCCACAUUUCAAAAAUAAGAUGCAUCAGCAGAAGGCACAUUUACAAGGUCGCACGGUAUCGUAUUAUGCCAUAGUAUCGACUGUAAAUGCAAAUCUAAUGAGAUUUAUAAAAUAUAAACAGAAACGAAUAAGAAUUCAAUCGAAAUAAAUAUUGUGAAAUGACUAUUUUUAUUCGAUUGUUUCGAAUUGCAGAAAUUGCGAAUGAAAAUAUUUUUACAAUAAAUAACUUAUCAAAUGUUAUUGAAAAGCAAAAGAAA